AGCUACAGUUAAAAUUUCCUCCAUUUUUAGGGCUCUUGCGGGCGAUGGCGGAGGGCGGCGACGGUGAGCUCGGCAGCGAGCAGGCUGUGGCAUCGCGGUGGAGCUUCAUGAGGUCAGAGCUGAACCAGCUCCACUCCAAGGUCACGGAGAUGGAGCUGGAGCUGAGCGAGCAUGCCCUAGUGAUCGGCGCCAUCAAGCCGCUGGAUCCGGCCAGGAAGUGCUUCCGGCUGAUCGGCGGCGUCCUGGUGGAGCGCACGGUGGGCGAGGUCCUGCCGGCCGUGCAGAGGAACAGGGAGGGGCUGGAGGACAUGAUCAAGCGCCUGGCGGAGGCGCUGGAGAGGAAGAAGCGAGAAAUCGCUGAGUUUGAGGCCAAGUAUAAGAUCAAGAUCAGGAGGGCGGAUGAAGUAGCGGACGAAGAACAGGCCAAGAAUCAAAAUGCCGUCGCUGGUGCUGCCGCGCAGGGUGUCUUGGUGGGUUCUUCUUCCUCGUAGUUCUUCCUCAAGUUCUUUCUUCUUCAUCAUAGUUCUUCCUCAUAGUUUUCUUUCUCUCGAGUUCUUCUAGCUGAUAGACUCUGGUCUAGUUUCUUCUACUUAGAGACGGAGGGAGGGAUUGCUUAUCUUUCUUUAGGAGGAGGAGUUCUCGUAGAGGUCAGGAUGUCCAGACGCUGCUACUUUCGAUCAAGUCCCUGCUAUAGUGGUGGUGAUCAUCGGGUGUUUGCAACGCUACUGCCUUGUAGAGGUGGUGCUGUUCUUGGAGAGAAGAGGCGGUGGUGGAAGGCUGGAGUUGGAAAGGUUCUCGAUGUUGGUGCUGGAAUUUGAGCAAGACCAUCUCCGACUGGGCCGCCGAGAGUUGCUUCCGGAGCUGGGCGAUCUGCUGCUGCAAGGUGAAGAUCGCUCCCAGGCAGCCGUAGACGGGGUCGCGGAUUCUCGCGUUGGCCUCGUAGACGAUGCUCGCCACCGCGUCCCGCCGCCGCUCCACGGGAAGUUCCUUGGGAGGGAGAGAAAGAUCAAGAGGUAGAAAGCGGAAAAAACUCUUCUUUUUUUUCGAUCGAAUUCUCGUUCUUACCUGUA